CGAAAGAUGGAGGGAUUUGCUGACAAUGGAACUGGGGGAGAAUUCAUUGGAUUAUCUUUCUAACGGAUUGUUUCACGGGAUUAUUAAUUCGCUACAUUGGACUAAACUAUUGGAUUGUGUUUCGUAUGAAGGCGGCGAUAUUCAGAGAAAGUGCUGCGACCAGAUCAUUGCCUUAUACAAUGAUACGAAUUGUGUUUUUAACCAAAACAUUCGCAAUGUUGUCAGUUCUUUCAAUGGAAGAAAACAAUCUUUGCCCUUUUGGUUAUUUUGGCACGAAUUGCUUGUUUCGGUGUCACUGCGAGAAUCUCGGCGAGCCAAAGGCAUGUCUCAUGAGUGGCGAGUGUUUCAAGGGCGACACAUGCGAGAAGUAUUACUUUGGUAAUCUCUGUCAAUACAGGAGUAUUUCUCAUGAAGUCAAUGACGAGAUAUUUUAUGCCAACGAUUGGAAUAUCCAUACCUGUAACAAACGACCUCCAGAAGAACCUUUGGUCUUCAGGUUUAAAUCUAUUGGUCGACCGUUUCAUUAUGUCAGAAUACAAUUUGACAAUAUAAAUGCGUUACAAGAUGUAUUUCGGUUAAAGGACGUCUUAGAAAAGUCAACACUGGAACUGCUACUACAAUCGCAGUAUCAAUACACAGUCUGCUCAGACUUGCAGUUCUGGAUCGUUAGCAGCGAUAUUUUGGAACUCUAUUGCCCAGCCCAACGCUACAGGUACGUCGAUGCGUUGAAACUUUCUGGCAAGAUGCUGGCCCAGGUGUGUGAGGUCUACAUCAGUGGAGGUCGAGACAUCGCAGCAUUAAGUGCAAUUUCCUAUUAUAGUGGGAAUAAGGAGAUAGACAUACGGGACGACUUGAGUUCCAGCAUCGACCCAGAAACAAAGCUCCUCUGCACUUCCGCCAAAUCGACCAGGUCAAGCCUGAUCAGAAGAUAUACAUUCAAGUUCACGCCAGUUGGGUUCAGUCUGGUCAUACGACACAAUAAAGGAAAAAAUCGUCUGAAUAAUUUUGGCGUCGUAGUCAACAAUGAUAGACAGGCUCUCAAACCUUUACAGGACGACGACGAAAACUCCACCAUCCUGUUUAGGCAUGUGCAUCACCUCGAACACAUCGACGUGCUGCUCUCCAACGCCGAAAGAAGGGAGGUAGCACUGUCCAUGUGUGGUGUAGAAGUAUACGGAGAUUGUGAAAAAAAAAGAUACGGACUUGGAUGCUUAAAAAGUUGCCACGAUUGUGAAAAGAUUAAAAAUAAAUGUGAUUUAAAGGGAUCCUGCUAUACCCUGUCUAGUUCAUUGCAAGAUGUUCGUAUAUACACUAGAGUUUGCGCUAGCUGUGCCAAGAGUAAAUGUGAAGGCGGCUCCUGUUCCGCAGGCUGUAUACCUGGAUCUAGGGGUGAAAACUGCUUGGAAGAAUGUGGCCGUUGCGGAGGUAACCUGGGAUGUGACCAGCAUUCCGGCAAAUGCAUUGAAGAAGAGUGUGAGAUAGGUUUCGCCGGACCGAGAUGUACAUUGCCCUGCGGUAUGUGUUCGGAUAAAAGAUGCGAAGGACUAAAUCGAACGUGUACCUCUAAGCAGUGUGUCGCUGGUUUCAAGGGAAGAAGCUGCACACAAACGUGCUUUCACUGCGGUGGAAGGGGAGAGUGUAAUAUAGAAACUGGGGCUUGUUUCGACAAAUGUAAUGCUGGAUACAGAGGAGAUGUUUGCUUACUAGCAUGUACUAACUGCGCUGGCAGAGGAGCCUGUGACCAGAAGACUGGCCAGUGUGAAGAGGGAUGUAAUUACGGCUUUACAGGUCUAACUUGCAGUGAAAAAUGCAGUAACUGUUUGAGCGAGCUUUGUAAUAAAACAACAGGGGAGUGCCUCAUCGGUUGUCAACAUGGGUUCAGAGGGCCCAAAUGUGAUCAACCUUGUAGGUAUUGCAAGAACCAGACGUGUUUGGCUAAUGGCGUCUGUUCUGAAGGAUGCAUCAUAGGAUAUUAUGGCAAGCACUGCGAAAGAGUUUGUCAUAACUGUGGUAAUGACGGAAGCUGUCACUAUCAAACUGGUCAUUGUCUACACGGCUGUAUUCCCAGCUUUUACGGGACUCUCUGUAGUGAAGCCUGUGGUAAUUGUGCCGGCGACUCAUCUUGUAAUGAAAAAGGUAAAUGUCAACAUGGAUGUAAAGCAGGAUUUAAAGGGGAAACCUGUAAAGAAUCAGAACAUUCGAAAGACGAAAUUACCACCGCCACCUCGAUUAGAUUCUACGUCUUCUUCAUAUUAGCGAUUUUAUUCAUCUUAUUUUUGGUUUUCUUUGGCCAGUCUAUUUUUAUGUCUUGCUAUUUGCCUGGCAAGACCGACAAAAGUGAUCACUCCACUUUGUCUUCCGGCUCUAGCAACUCUUUCAAUGGAGAUAAAAAAUUAACAGGAGUCCCAGGGCUCAUUGAAAAGGAGGGUGUCCCAGGACCAAAAGAGGAUCCAAAGUUUAUACAAUUGGCGAACGAAGUCAUUAAAAAAAAGAGAGAAUCUGUUUUGCUGGAUAACCCAGAAGACGUCGCCAGCAGGAGUAAUUCUAGCUAGAGUUUUCCUGAUAUCUCUCUCACCUGAAGAUGGGCAGUCCCAGGAUGCUCCAGUGAAAAAAAAUGAGAUUCCCCCUCCCCCGCCCGUUUUUUUCCCCAAGUGUAUAAUGUUUGUGUAUACACUAUACAAUUAAUGGAAAGACAG